GACGGUUAGGGGCGGUGCCCGUCAGGGGCGGGUCUCGCGAUGGGCGGGAUUUGAGGAGGCACCCUGGCAUUGGGCCGCUGGGUAUAGGUGGGGCCUAGCGCUGGGGUUGUUUGGGCGGGGCAGGGAGUUAGUUACCGCCUCUGGGUAACUGGACUCUGUCGGCCAAACCUCCGGAGGCCGCGGGCGGCAGGCGGGCCUGCAGCAGAUCCCGGAUCCGGAAUUCCCCGGGCAGGACCGGAAUCAGGAUCGGCCCUGCCCCAAACCGGGUCUGUGGGGAACUCGAGGUCUUGGACUAGGAAAUCCCGGAACCCGGAUCAACAAACCCCAGAACCCGGAAUUUAGAUCGGAAAGUCCCGGAUCACGGAUCGCGGAGCGGACUCGACACGGAGCCCGGAGCCCGGAUCGCGACACCGCCGGACGGGACGGAGCGAUGUCGGGCCGUGUCGCGGGCGGGUUCCCGCUGCCUCCGCUGAGUCCUGGCGGCGGCGCAGUUGCCGCGGCUCUGGGGGCGCCGCCUCCGCCAGCGGGACCCGGCAUGCUGCCCGGACCGGCGCUCAGGGGGCCAGGACCGGCUGGAGGUGUGGGGGGUCCCGGGGCCGCCGCCUUCCGCCCCCUGGGCCCCGCGGGCCCCGCGGCGCAGUACCAGCGGCCCGGUAUGUCACCAGGGAGCCGGAUGCCCAUGGCUGGCUUGCAGGUGGGGCCCCCUGCCGGCUCCCCAUUUGGCACAGCUGCUCCACUUCGACCUGGCAUGCCACCCACCAUGAUGGACCCGUUCCGAAAACGCCUGCUGGUGCCCCAGGCCCAGCAUCCAAUGCCGGCCCAGCGCCGGGGGUUAAAGAGGAGGAAGAUGGCAGAUAAGGUUCUACCUCAGCGAAUUCGGGAGCUUGUCCCAGAGUCUCAGGCGUAUAUGGAUCUUUUGGCUUUUGAGCGGAAGCUGGACCAGACCAUUGCCCGAAAGCGGAUGGAGAUCCAAGAGGCCAUCAAAAAGCCUCUGACGCAAAAACGAAAGCUGCGGAUCUAUAUUUCUAAUACAUUCAGUCCCAGCAAAGCAGAAGGUGAUAAUGCAGGAAACGCAGGGACCCCCGGGGGAACCCCAGCAGGGGACAAGGUGGCUUCCUGGGAACUCCGAGUGGAGGGAAAACUGCUGGAUGAUCCUAGCAAACAGAAGAGGAAGUUUUCUUCAUUCUUUAAGAGCCUUGUCAUUGAGCUGGACAAGGAACUGUACGGGCCUGACAACCACCUGGUAGAGUGGCACCGGAUGCCCACCACCCAGGAGACUGAUGGCUUCCAGGUGAAACGGCCUGGAGACCUCAACGUCAAGUGCACCCUCCUGCUCAUGCUGGAUCAUCAGCCUCCCCAGUACAAGUUGGACCCCCGACUGGCAAGGCUGCUAGGGGUGCACACACAGACCAGGGCGGCCAUCAUGCAGGCCCUGUGGCUUUAUAUCAAACACAACCAGCUGCAGGACGGGCACGAGCGGGAGUACAUCAAUUGCAACCGUUACUUCCGCCAGAUCUUCAGUUGCGGCCGACUUCGUUUCUCGGAGAUUCCCAUGAAGCUGGCUGGAUUGCUGCAGCAUCCAGACCCCAUUGUCAUCAACCAUGUCAUUAGCGUAGACCCUAAUGACCAGAAGAAGACAGCGUGUUAUGACAUUGAUGUGGAGGUAGACGACCCACUCAAGGCCCAGAUGAGCAAUUUUCUGGCCUCCACCACCAAUCAACAGGAGAUUGCCUCCCUUGAUGUCAAGAUCCAUGAGACCAUUGAGUCCAUCAACCAGCUGAAGACCCAGAGGGAUUUCAUGCUCAGCUUUAGCACUGACCCUCAGGACUUCAUCCAGGAGUGGCUCCGAUCUCAGCGCCGAGAUCUGAAGAUCAUCACUGACGUGAUUGGGAAUCCUGAGGAAGAGAGACGAGCUGCUUUCUACCACCAGCCCUGGGCCCAGGAAGCAGUGGGGAGGCACAUCUUUGCCAAGGACUAGCAUGAAGAACAAACGAAAUCACCUGUAAAAGCACUUCAAAAAUGAUAAACCUGAUAGCUGCAGAAGUACCAAGAGUUCAGAAAUUGUCCUUGUGGUUGUCCUUCAACAUUUUCCUUCAAUAUUAUCCUUCAAUAUUUUCCUCAUUGCUGUAGUUCUUGCUCGAUCUGUAGGCUAGAGCUCUGGGUUGCCCAAUUUUCAUUCAGUCCCAUGGAAUCAGCAUUAUGCAGACUGGGCAAUUGUCUGCCCUCCUCCUCUCACCCUGCCCCAACCCCAGUGUGCUAAAUCUUUUCUGAGCUUGUCUUCUCUUUUAUAAGAAACCCACUCAUUCAGGCUUCUUCUAAAAAGAACGAUCUUUGGCUAAAAGGAACCUUUUAGGUUAAAACUUGACUCUUCACGAUGUAUAAUAAACUGAAUAUUGAUUACUUUCAAAGGGGUGGGAGUGAAGAGAAACCAGAGACAACUUGUAUACUUGUUAUGGUUGACUAGUUAUUUCUUCCACUGCGCCCCCAGGGGAAUAAUAUGGAUUGGUAGACACAUGCUCCAUCAAUCCUUCACCCCUUUCUACGUAGAAGGGGGAUGCCUCUGGACCUCUGGAGUCCGUCCUCACCUG